GGGAGGCACGGGGACAGGUGAAUCAGCUGAUGCAGGAGAGGGAGGAACUGAGGGGACAGGUGGAGGAACUGGAGAGUAGGGUGGAGCAGCUUAACCUCGUCAUCAAGGACUCCAAAACCCUGCAGAGACAGCUGGUGAAAUGCAUAGAGCAACUGAAGAGGGAGAAACGGCAGGUUGAGGAGACUCUAGAGGAGGUGAGGGAGAAGGAAGAGGGAGAUGUCCCAGGCAAACAAAGCCCUUCUCGUACGUCUGGAGAAUGUUCAGAGUGAGAUGACCCAGCUGAACCACCAGCACAGGGAGAUGAAGGAGAGGCUGAAGGAGGAGACGAGAAGAACAGAGGAGUUGAAGAGAAUGAAGAGGGAUCUGGACGAGGAGAGGCGACUGCAGAACAGCACUGUGGAGGAACUGCAGAAGGAGAUGAGUACUAUAGUACAGGGCUGUGAGGUGUCCACUGAGAAGCUCCAGCUCCAGGUUGAUGAAGUCAGAGAGAAGAGCCACUCCGCUGUCUGAG